AGCGGUUCAGUUUUGGUGGCGUUUCAAACUUCUGUACAAAUAACGAGUCACGUUUGGAAGCUUGGGCGAGUCUUGUUUUAAAAGUUUUUUAUGCACCUUAAACUAAAUUCGGUCAAUAAGAUCGUUGAAGCUAUUUGUCACAUUAAAUCAAAAGUUUGUUCGUUCUCUUUCAUAUACGUCUUCCCUUGUAUCUAAUGGUACACGUUUACAUGAAAUAAUAUUAACCGCUUUACUGCAUAGUAAAAAACAUAUUCCUGAAUGCUUAAAAUAUUUCAGGUAUCCAAUCGCAGACUUAAAUGUUGUGUACUGUAUGAAUUUAGAGUGACAAAUUUUCUGUCGAAUGCAAUCGUACAAUUAAUAAUAAAAACCCUUGCGUUUAAUUAUAAGUCACAGAAUAUGCGAGAUAAAUAAUGUCGUGUUAUUAAACAUGUAGUCAUGGUCUUGAAUAUCGCAAUUCGUUUGUAUUUUUGAAGUUGUAGUAUAAGUUAGUGUUCAUUUCUGUUCAAUUCCGGAUGAUCACAUUAUGUUUGAUGGCUUCCAAAUUUUUAUAGCACCAACCUCAAAGUUAUCAAAUGAUAAUAGUAUGUAUUAAGAAGCAAUAAGGUACUUAACUUCCAUCCAGUCUAUAAAGUUUCUUUCUAUAAGGUAUUUUCACAGAGACUAAAAUACUCCAUAGUUAUUAUAAACACCGAAGUAUCUUGUAGCGUCGACUAAGGAGUAUAUGUUGUGACAAAUAUUGAUUAAUUUCACAUAUAUUAUCUGACGAAACCCUGCAUAUAAAUCAAGAUUCAAAGCAUUAAGAAAACUUGAGUUCUGUAUUAGUCGAAGUACGGGCAAACGUUUCAUAUAUAUUGGGCGAAACCAGUUAUUGCACUACCUUAAGUAGAAUUUCCUGUUGUCACACCUCUUGUUUUUGUGUGUAACCCAAAUGUAUUGCGUCAUUCGCUUUUGGUUGAGAAACUAUUGGCUUGAAUUUGGAGUCAGUCAGUCAGCUACAACGUAAGACAAUAGUGUCGGUUCAAGUUAAAGGUGAAAGUAUUCUUUACCUUCAAAGUCAUAAUACUUCCAUAUUUUGUGAAAAUAAUAGUUCAUCACUCUCGUCACAAAACCAGUCGUAGAUAAUAUUGUGGGCAGAUCAAAUAUAAAGCCACACUAAAGUCAUUCUUUCUAGCACUUCUUGAUACUUCGUUGACUGAUUUCAUGAAAUUCACUUUGUCAGUUUCACUGUGAUCAUUACCCCUCUUUUUUUUACAGAAACUAUUGUUUUGGGACAAGCAGUUUUUUAUUGACAGUUUUGUCUGAUUAUGCUUUGAACAAAAAAUAUCAUUUUUUGUUUCUUAAUAAACCUGUAGAUAUGUCUACAAACAUAACACAUCAGCCCUCACAUAUUACUCAUGAUCAGCGUUCAGUUAGUAACAAGUCUUGGUUCCACGGUUGUACGGUGUGGUUUACAGGUCUCAGUGGAGCUGGCAAAACGACUUUGGCAUUUGCUCUAGAACGUCAUCUAGUUAAUCGAGGCAUAUCAGCUUAUGUUUUAGACGGAGAUAAUAUUCGCUCUGGUUUAAAUAAAAAUUUAGGAUUCAGUGAUGAAGACCGUGUGGAAAAUAUCCGACGUGUCAGUGAAGUAGCUAGGUUAUUUGCUGAUGCAAAUAAUAUUUGUUUAACUAGCUUCAUUAGCCCGUUUGAAAGUGAUAGAAAUGCAGCUCGCAUGUUACACUCUCAAAACAAUCUACCAUUCUUUGAAGUUUUUCUAGCUACUCCAAUUGAAGUAUGUGAACGACGUGAUGUAAAAGGGUUAUAUAAACGUGCACGUGCUGGUGAAAUAAAAAAUUUUACUGGUAUCUCUGCAAUUUAUGAAAAUCCAACAAAUCCUGAUUUGAUUUUAAAUACUGAAUUAUAUUCUGUUCAAGAGUGUGUAACUCAAUGCGUACAAAUGUUAGCGAAAGCUGGACUAGUGCCUAACUAUGAUGAAGUAAAUCCAUUUGGUGGUCCUAUGCCCAAAGAAUUAUAUGUGACUGAUCCUGUAGAAGUUCAAAAAUUAAAGGCAGAAUGUUUUAAUUUACCUCAUUUGGAUAUUGCAGAAUUGGAUCUUCAGUGGAUACAAACACUAGCUGAAGGUUGGGCUACACCAUUAAAUGGUUUUAUGCGUGAAAAUGAAUAUUUACAAGUUCUAUAUUUCGGUCAAUUACAAUUGUCAAACAGUUCUGUGAUUACAAAUUUCUCAAUUCCAAUUGUAUUAGCUGUAUCAAAUGAGGAUAAAGAAAGAUUUAAUGGGAAUGGUUCAUCGAUAGCUCUCGUAUAUAAAAAUAAUAUAAUUGGAAUGUUACGAAAUUGUGAAUUUUUCCCUCAUCGUAAAGAGGAACGAUGUUGUCACAUAUUCGGAACUAAUCAUAUAAAUCAUCCAAGCAUAGAAAUGAUUAUGUCAUCUGGUGAUUGGUUAGUUGGUGGUGAUUUAAAAGUAUUCGAAAGAAUCAAAUGGAAUGAUGGUCUAGAUCGGUAUCGUUUAACGCCAAAAGAAUUACAUUGUGAAUUAUUAAAAAUGAAGGCUGACAGUGUCUUUGCCUUUCAAUUGAGAAAUCCUAUACAUAACGGUCAUGCAUUAUUAAUGACUGAAACUAGACAACAAUUAUUAGAAAAACAUGGAUAUAAUAAUCCUGUGUUAUUACUUCAUCCACUUGGAGGUUGGACAAAGUCAGAUGAUGUUCCACUCAAUGUACGUAUAGCUCAACAUGAAGCUUGUUUAGAUGAAGGUGUACUUGAUCGUGAUACAACUUUAUUGGCAAUAUUUCCUUCACCAAUGUUAUACGCUGGACCGCGUGAAGUUCAAUGGCAUGCUCGUACGCGAAUGUUAGCCGGUGCUCAGUAUUAUAUAGUUGGACGAGAUCCAGCAGGUUUACCUCAUCCUAAUGGAACAGGUGUUGAUUUAUAUGAUCCAUCUCAUGGUGCUAAGGUAUUAUCUAUGGCUCCUGGUUUAUCCAAUUUAAAAAUUAUUCCAUUUCGUGUUGCUGCCUAUGAUAAAACAAUUAAUAAAAUGUCAUUUUUUGAUUCAACACGUUCAUCAGAUUUUCUAUUUAUUUCUGGUACUAAAAUGCGUACAUUAGCUCGUCAAGGUAUGGAACCACCGAAUGGAUUUAUGGCUGAGAAAGCAUGGAAAGUUUUGUCAAAUUAUUAUUGUCAAUUAAAUAAAUCAGUUUAAUUGAAUAAACAAAAGGUAAAUGAAACUUGGGAGUUUUGGAAAAAAAAGAAAAAAAUUGUUUACCUGUAGAAGUACUUAUUGUUCCACCAUUUCCAAUGUUUACUACUCAUUUUCUAUUUAUCUACAUAUCCAUUAUGAAAUCUACAUCUAUUCUUUAGGUGGAAUUGUGCUCUAUGUUUUACCUUUCAAAACAAAAACAAAACCGUCUUUUAUAAGAACAUUUGUCCAAAUUUGAUCAUAUAGUUUCACAGUAUUAUAGGCGCCAAGUUGAUCUGAGAUAUUAAGGAGGAAGGAAGUAUUUUAUUUAGACUUAUUAUUUGUUUUUGGUAAAUGUAUUUUGUGAUCUCCUAUUUUCUUUUUUUCUCCUCCCUUUCAUAAGAAGCAAAUACUGCUCUUGGUUUUCUUUCUCUUUUCUGUUAUCUCUUUUUUAUAUGUAAUUCAAUCGAUUCUCAGUUGUUAGCUAAUUUUAAUUGUAGUAAAUCAUCAUAAUUAUCAUCCCAGCACUACAUUAAUCUAUGGCUGUUGUUUCUCAAAUUUUAUUUUCUCACUUUUCUUCAAUUCGUCUACAGUUUGAGAUAUUGCUGUUUGUUUGCUUUCUUCAUACUUUUAAUAUUUCUGUCUAUUUUGAAAUCUAAUAUUCCUUUAAUACUUUCAUACACAAAUAUUAUAUACAUACCUUCUUACUCUAUCAUGUUAGAUCACCUUUUCAUCGUUACUACAAUCUAUUUCAAUUGCUGUUUUGAUUUUGAAUUUGAUAAUAACUAAUUCAUAUCUCAAGUGGGGGUUGUGGAGAUUAUAGUAAUUUUACAUAGUUAAGAUCAUGAAUCAAUUGAAACUAGAUCAGGUUUUCCCCGGUGAUCUAGCUAUAUGAUCUUAACUAUAUAAUUCAUAUCUAUCCGAGGAUCUAUGUUGAGAAUGUUUUUUUAUCUAUUGAAUAAUCAAUUCAUUUCAUAUCAGUAAUGUGCCUAGAAAUAAUAAACAAAACAAAAAAAGUGUUAUUGUGAUAAUAGAAGUAUCUUUUUACUGUUUUCUAUGUAACUUUUUGAUCAUAUAUGUGGAUCACGAUCAGUUCACUUUUUUUUUUAAAACUUGGACUAUUAUGUGAUUAUCUUUCUACUACUGGUUAUAGUUUAUUUUCUUAAAGAUUGAUUUGUUGAAUAAUUAUUUUUAUGUGCCUAUAGGAAUAUAUCUGUCAUUUUUUGAAAAUGCCUUCAGUUUUAUUUUAUUUGUAUGGCUUUAUAAAAUAAAGAUGAUUUUUGUGUG